UAGUGGAAUGCGGCUCUAUUAGAUGUAUUACACUUUCCUCUCCAGCUCCCUCAGUAUUCUGCUCUUGUUUCGGGACCGCUGUUGAGGGACGGGUCAGCGGGGUGGCACCAAGCAGAGAAGCAGCCACCCAGUGCAUGCCAGUGCCAAGAGUCCUGAGAUCCACGGAGGCAUCGACGAUGCAGGCUGCGGGCAGCCCUGCCUUGGUAGUGACUCCCAUCUGUUAUGACGGAGCAGAUGAUGUAUGCCAGGCAGACCAAAUCCACAAGGGAAACUCGGUCACACUGUCAGAAAUACAAAUGCAAUUUGUAUUUAUUAUGAGAAGAUGUGUGCCUGAAUUCAGAAUUUCGGUGUAUGAUCAGGUCUGGCUCUCGCUGGGAACCAUGGCUGCCAAACAACAACCUCCUCUGAUAAAAAAGCACAGUCAAAGUGACCUGGUGAGCCGGCUGAAGACCAGGAAAAUCCUCGGAGUAGGUGGAAAGGACGAUGAUGGAGAGAUUCACAGGUCAAAGAUCAGCCAAGUCCUGGGGAAUGAAAUGAAGUUCGCUAUGCGAGAACCUUUGGGUCUCAGGAUAUGGCAACUGAUGUCAGCCAUCAUGUUCAGUCUCGUUGCCAUAAUAAUGUGUGUCUCAUGUUUCCAGGCUCUCACAUUUCCCAAGCUCCUCUAUGAAGCUGUCUUUGAAGAAGAGGGAUCCAACAGUAAAAUGUCUGUGAGACUUUAUGGAGGGGCCCUUCUCAGUAUUUCGGUGAUCAUGUGGCAUGCUUUAUAUACAGCGGAAAAGAGCGUCAUCCAAUGGACACUGCUCACAGAAGCGUUCUAUUUUACAGUGCAGUUUUUAGUUACAAUCGUGCCAUUGUUUGAAAAGGGAGCAUUACCACAGGGCGCAAUAUUACUGCAACUGAGCCGAGGGUUCUUCCUCCUCAUCAGUGUCUACUUCUAUUACCAAGUUGGCCGGAAGCCGAAGAAAGUGUGAGGAUUGGCGGAAUGAGUGGUGUCUGUUUGGUGGGAGUGGGCUGCACGCUGGAGAGCUCCCAGUCGUGUGACUGGAAAGUGACAGAUUGUCCUGGAAAUGUUUUUUUUUGUAAUCCACAUGAUCUUGUUCUGUUUCUAUCAGUCGGACUUGUGCCUUUCCAGGUCUGUUGUAUUGAGAGGACAUUCUUGUAUCCCUGCCCCUGUCCCCUGUGUAUGUGCAGCAGCAGUUUGACAAUAUUGGAUUCAUUACCUCACGAUGACCAAUAAAUUUGUGAUGCGA